UUUUCUGACCUCCCAUUAAUACCAUCCAUGGACUUAACUCCCAUCUUCCAACCUCUAAAACUCAUUUGAACCCAAAACUUUUCCCAAAUAAAAAAAAAUGAAGUUUCUUUCUUUUCUAAAACCUAGCAAUGCAAGAUCCUCCUCUUCAUCAUCAUGGGCCUGGCCAUCCUGCCACCAGCCCAAAACACUCUCAUUCAGAGUAAUUACCACCACCACUACCACCACAGUUGUCAAUUCAAAAGUCACCAAUGUUGUUGAAACGUUCGCGACAGAAACCUCGGAGUCUUUCUUCACGGAGACUCCAAACUCCGCGAGCUUCUCGACAGCAACUUCGGAAGCGGCCUGGGAUCCGAUCGAGACCGUGAUUCGCGGUCUGCGGUCGGACCGGCUCUUCUUCGAACCGGACGAGACGAGCUCCAUAUUCAAACCCUCUCCGACGCACUCACCGUUCGAAAACAGCGUGGUUUUGUCGAUGGACUCGCUGGACCCGUACGCAGACUUCCGCAGGUCCAUGGAGGAGAUGGUGGAGACGCACGGCGUGGGAGACUGGGAGAGCCUCGAGGAGCUUCUGUGCUGGUACCUAAAAGUCAACGGAAAAAACAACCACGAGUAUAUUGUGGGUGCGUUCGUUGACUUGUUGUUCGGGCUCGCGUUUUCUUCUUCGGCGUGUUUGGAACUGCAUUCUCCUCCCUCUUCUCCGGUGUCGUUUUACAGUUCUCUCUCUUCUUGCAGCUCUCGCUGCGCGUAUUGUUUGGAGGGUGAGGAUGAGGAAGAGGGGGUUGGUGCUGCUAGUUCGUCUUUUUCCUUGGCGCAAGCGAAGGGAGAGAUUAUAGCUGUAGAUGAAGCAUCGUCUUCUUCGUAUUCUAACACCUGAUUAGUUUUAGUGAUGAAUUGUAUGUAAACAAUGGUGGUAAAGUAUAAGGGACAUUAAAUUUUACAUUAUUUAUUUACAUUUUAAUGAAUAGUGGGUUUUCA